AGAGAUCAGCCCCACACCAAGCAGCUCAGCCUGCAGUCUGUCAUAGGCAACACAUGCGAGAAGGGAGAGCAACACAGCAGCAGAAUAUCUUUCAGGACUAAAUAGAUGUGAAAUUCAUGUCGGAACCCCUUCUAGCAAUAUCCAAAGGUUAUGAUGACAACUCAGUAUGGGACCCAGAAAUGUGAGACGCAAGAUGGGAACAGAACGUUGUGACCCCAUGUUGCCUCAGCAGGCAGCUGCCCCAAUGAGACUUUUCCGCUGUGGGUACCAGCUCUGAAUCCAGAGCAUGAGCCUCCGUGCCCCAGUUCACCAACUCCCCCACUCUGAUUGUGAUGGUUGGACUGCCUGCCAGGGGGAAGACAUACAUAUCCAAGAAGCUCACCCGCUACCUCAACUGGAUAGGGGUUCCCACAAAAGUCUUCAACUUGGGCCAGUAUCGCAGGGAAGUCCAGAGCUACAAGAGCUUUGAGUUCUUCAGACCGGACAAUGAGGAGGCCAUGCAGAUUCGCAAGGCCUGUGCUUCAAAUGCCCUUAAAGAUGUAGUUAUCUACUUCUCGAAGGAACAUGGACAAGUAGCUGUGUUUGAUGCCACCAACACAACACGGGAGAGGAGGGUCUCCAUUGUGAGCUUUGCCAAGGAAAAAGGCUAUAAGGUAUUUUUUGUGGAGUCCAUUUGUGAUGAUCCAGACAUCAUUGCACAGAAUAUCGCGGAUGUGAAGGUGAGCAGCCCAGACUAUCUGAACUGUGACAAGGAGGAGGCACUGGCAGACUUCCUGAAACGUAUCGAGUGCUACAAGCAAACCUACGUGCCAUUGGACGAUGAGAAAGACAGGCGCCUGUCUUACAUCAAAAUCUUCAACGUGGGCUCUAGGUACCUGGUGAACUGUGUGCGGGACCAUAUCCAGAGCCGGAUAGUCUACUACCUCAUGAACAUCCACGUCACGCCGCGCUCCAUCUACCUGAGCCGCCACGGGGAGAGCAAUAUGAACCUGCUGGGUCGCAUUGGGGGAGACUCCGGACUCUCUCCCAGGGGUCAUAAGUAUGCCACUGCCCUGGGAACCUUCAUCAAGAGCCAGCAUAUAAAGGAUCUGAAGGUGUGGACCAGUCAUAUGAAGAGGACCAUCCAGACUGCAGAGCAUCUGGGGAUCCCCUAUGAGCAGUGGAAGGCUCUCAACGAGAUUGAUGCAGGUGUGUGUGAGGAGAUGACGUAUGAGGAGAUCCAGGACAACCACCCAGAGGAGUUUGCACUGAGAGACCAGGACAAGUACCGCUACCGUUACCCCAAGGGUGAGUCAUAUGAAGACCUGGUCCACCGUCUGGAGCCAGUGAUUAUGGAGCUGGAGAGACAGGAGAAUGUGCUGGUUGUGUGUCACCAAGCUGUCAUGCGUUGUCUGCUGGCCUACUUACUAGACAAAACCUCAGAUGAGUUGCCAUACCUAAAAUGUCCUCUUCAUACGGCGCUCAAACUUACACCGGUGGCCUAUGGAUGUAAAGUGGAGCAUGUUUUCCUAAAUAUUGAGGCAGUCAACACGCACAGAGAGAGACCUGGGAAUGUGGACGUAUCUAGAGACCCAGAAGAGGCCUUGAAGACUAUUCCUGACCACUUUUGAAUAUGAUUUAGAGCAGGGGAGGCCAAUUCCAGUCCUCGAGGGCCUGAUUAGUGUCACAGUUUUGCCCCAGCCCCAGCUCACACACCUGACUCCAAUAAUCACCUAAUCAUGAUCUUCAGUUUAGA